AUGGGGAGGGUUAAGUUAAAGAUAAAGAGAUUAGAGAGCAUUAGCAAUCAACAAGUGACGUAUUCGAGAAGAAGGAAUGGAAUCUUGAAGAAAGCUAAAGAAUUAUUCAUAUUAUGUGACAUUGACAUUGUCCUUCUCAUGUUUUCUCCAACUGGAAAGGCAACAUUAUUCCGCAGAGAGUACAGCAACAUUGAAGAGGUUAUUACAAAAUUCACUCAACUGACACCACAAAAAAGGACAAAAAGGAUCCAAGAACAAAUUCGGAAGAAGAGGCUAAAGUUUCCAACCAAGUCUGAAAAAGGUAUGGGAAUUGACACCAACCCAUUUCCGGAGAUUGGGGAGGCUGCAGCCCAAGUUGGCAUGCCAGAUUUCCAAAACCUAUCCUUGAAAGAAUUGGAGGAGGUCACUAUGCAGAUGCAUGUGGCUAGCCAGGCUGCUUUCAGGAAGAACACAAGAAGUUCACCAGUUGAUGGAUAG